AGGGUCUGAAUGUAGCGUCCAUAAACUGGAGAGCAGCUCCUCUUACAGCUGUCUGCACGCCACAUAAAAUUAGAUGCUCAGACACUCGGACCAGACAACUGGAGGAAUCCUGCAGGAGAUGGACCCCAGUCCCAGCAGCAGCCUUCAGUUUGGAAGCUGUAGCAGGUGCAGUAAAGCGGUGGUGGGUGGAGGGACGGCCUGCAGGGCGAUGGGACAGCUGUUCCACGACGCAUGCUUCACCUGCAGCGUCUGCAGUAAAAAGCUGAGUGGAAACCCAUUUUAUACCGUUUCAGGCCAGAUCUACUGUGAGGAGGACUUUAUGUUCUCUGGAGUCCAUCCAUGUGUAGAAGUGUGUAACAGCUGUGGAUAUUUAGUCACAGACCUGGUCCUGCAGGCUCGUGGGAAAUCGUACCACCCGUCCUGCUUCUGCUGCGUCGUCUGCAGACAGAACCUGGAGGGUCAAAGCUUCGCUGUGGACUCAGACUGCAGGAUUUACUGCGUCAGCGACUAUCACAGGGUCCAGGCGCCCCGCUGUGCUGCCUGCAGGAAGCCCAUACUGCCCACUGAAGGGUCAACAGAGUCCAUUCGAGUGGCUUCAUUCAACAAGAACUACCACGUAGAGUGCUACAGCGGUGAAGUUAACCUCACUUAAGGACCAGCAGCCUUUAUUUAUAGCAUUUUACACAAUUUCUGAUCUUAAUAAAGUCAUUGCAAGCAGUCUUAA